AUGAUAAUCAAGAAUCGAGAUCGAUUCAAUGAUCUUCCACGAGAAAUCACGGUGGACAUCCUGUCAAGACUCCCUGCUCGAAGCAUCAUGAAGUCCAAGUGCGUUUGCAAGGCAUGGCGCUAUCUGGUGCAGUCCCCCGAAUUCGGCCCGUUGCAUGCUAGUCGUGCGGCCUUGUCCUCGGGCCACCUUCCCGCCAUUGAGGACCUCACAUUCUCAAACAUUACCUACUCCCUCUUGGGGUAUAUUGAGGAUAAUGAAGUGAUACAAAACCCACCCAACGGUUUGGUUCUCUCCCAUAAAUGGCCAAACCCUAACUCGUUUAUACAUAGCUCAGUUAAUGGCUUGCUCUUCAUGAUCAACUUGAUCUCCGCGUCUGAACUAUUCAUAUGCAAUCCAAUCACUCGUGAGUAUGUCACUUUUAUUCUUGAGUGUGAUUUGUGGGAAUAUGCAUUUGGAUUUGGUGUAAGUAAAAGUGGUCAACACAAGUUUGUCAUGAUUUCUCAAUCUCAAAAUACGUGUCAAGUAUACACUCUAGGCACGGGGCAAUGGAAAAGCAUUGCGAUUGGGAGCCAGUUUGAGUAUGAUGUGGAAUACAAGGUUGUUUUUGUUAAUGGGAAUCUGGCUUGCGAUUUUGAGUUUUAUUCCAUAUCUGAUUUGGAGGGUCUCUUGUGCUUCAGUGAUGAUACAUCUAUGUAUGAGAUUGAAAUAUGGUGUAUGAAAGAGUAUGGAGAUGACAAAUCUUGGACUCUUGAUUAUGUUAUCAAGAGACCAAUGUUUACGGUCGAAAUUGGUCACAUUCUUCAUUAUAUAUUCAGGUUGUUCCUUUACCCUAACAACAAUUUGAUCUCUGCUAGAGCCAAAAUCGCUCCACCAGUUCCGACUUUCGAGCAUUUGCUCAAAGCAUGGGCUGAUCAGAGGCAUGUUUGA